AUGCACAUCCUUUUGAUAAUUCGACAGGGUGUGGAGCGCAGUGAGGGCGCGGGCGGCGGCUUCGCCGGCGCGGCCGCCGCGCUCAACGGCUCUCCGUCGGAUCGCCCGGAGGAACCCCCCAACAAGCGGCCUAAGCUAAUUCUCGCAGAAGAUGCCUCCGCGUUGCGAAAACGUAUUCUCGAAUAUAAGCUGCUGCGGCUCAAGAAUCUGCGCGAAAGGUCGACGGAGCUGCUCAAGGAGCAGUACUUUUUGGAGGCCGGCGGAAACAUGAUCGACUACGUGGCGUGGCGAAAGCGUCCGCCGGCGCCCGCGCUUUUGGCCUACGUAGAGGCGCGGCGCACGGGUGGCGUUGCGGAAUCGGCGGGGGUCAAUCUGGACACGGCCGUCGAUGCGCCUCCGAGCGCGCCGGAGCCGCAGGCGGGCGCCGACGAAGUAGUGGAGAAGGCGCGCGCGGAGGCGGCGGUGGCGGCUCGAAUAGCGGCUCUGGCGCGAGGGGGCCUCUGGGCCGAGCGGAGGCUGCCGCGGGUGUUGGAACCGCCCCGCCCCAAAACGCACUGGGACUACCUGCUCGAAGAGAUGGCUUGGCUUGCGCAGGAUUUCGCGCAUGAGCGCAAAUGGAAAAAACAGGCCGCUAAGAAGUGCGCGCGAGCUGUACAGAAAUAUUUCCAAGAUAAAGCUGUAGCAGCACAAAAAGCAGAAAAAGCUCAAGAAUUACAGUUGAGAAAAAUCGCGGCAUUUGCAGCUAAAGAAAUCCGGACUUUUUGGACCAACGUUGAAAAGGUGGUGGAAUGGAAGCGGUCGGUCCGCGUAGAGCGCGCGCGUAAGCAAGCGCUGGACGAGCAGCUCAGCUACAUCGUCGAUCGAACCGAGCGUUACUCGCGGCAGCUCGCCGCCAACCUGCACCCCGAGCGGCCGCCCUCCGACGACGAAUUCCAACCGCGCGGCGACUCCGACGACGACGAGGAGACUAUCGCCGCCGCCGAACGGGAAGACCCGGCCGACCACGGCCGGGAACUGGACGCGCUGCGCCGGGAGUCGCGGCUCGACCUCGGCGAGCUGCUGCCGGCCGGCUACCUUCCCGAGCAUUCGCCGCCGCCGUCCGACUACGGCGGCGACGAGGAUUCGGCCGACGACGAGAGCACCAUCGACGAGCAGGAGCGCGCCGAGCGGCCCGACGAGACGGCCGCCGAACUGGCCGCGCUGCGCAGCGAGGCCGACCUCGAUAUCGACGAGCUGCUGCGCCGAUAUCCACGACGGUCCGUCGGAGUCGAAGCCGACGCCGACGCCGAGCCGAAGCCGAAGCCGACGAGGCCGAGGCCAGUGGAGGCGGCCGCUUCGCUGGCGGCCUCGCUCCAGCCCACCGGCACCACGCUGUCCGACACGGCGGUGGGCACGCCGGUCCCGCGGCUGCUGCGCCACACGCUGCGCGAGUACCAGCAGGUGGGGCUGCACUGGCUGGCCACGAUGCACGCGCGCCGCCUCAACGGCAUCCUGGCCGACGAAAUGGGCCUGGGCAAAACCAUCCAGACGAUCGCGUUGCUGGCGCACCUGGCCCUGGAGCGACACGAUUGGGGGCCCCACCUCGUCGUGGCGCCCACGUCGCUCGUGCUCAAUUGGGAGUGCGAGUUCAAGAAGUGGUGUCCGGCUUUCAAGCUGCUCACCUACUACGGCACGAUCAAGGAGCGCAAGCUGAAGCGCGUCGGCUGGACCAAGGCCAACUCUUUCCACGUCUGCAUCACGUCUUACAAACUAGUCGUUCAGGAUCAUCAGAGUUUUCGGAGAAAGCGCUGGAAAUAUUUAAUACUCGACGAAGCGCAGAACAUCAAGAACUUUAAAUCUCAGCGUUGGCAGAUGCUGCUCAAUUUUCAAACCGAGAGGCGGCUGCUGCUGACGGGCACGCCGCUUCAGAACAGUCUGUUAGAGCUGUGGUCGCUGAUGCACUUCUUGAUGCCCAGCGUGUUCGCCUCGCACUCGGAAUUCCGCGAGUGGUUCGCGCCCGUGGCCGGCAUCGCCGAGGGCGCCUCCUCGCGCCAGUCCGACGCGCUGCUGCGGCGCCUGCACGAGGUGCUGCGCCCGUUUCUGCUGCGCCGCCUCAAGGCCGACGUCGAGCGCCAGCUGCCGCGCAAGCACGAGCACGUGCUGCUCUGCCGGCUCGCGAAGCGGCAGCGUUUUCUGUACGACGACUUCAUGUCGCGCGCCAAGACCAAGGAGAGUCUCGCCUCGGGCAACCUGCUCAGCGUCAUCAACGUGCUCAUGCAGCUGCGCAAGGUGUGCAACCACCCCGACCUGUUCGAGCCCCGCCCCGUGACCUCGCCCCUCCACCUGACCCCGCUGAGUCUGCGCGUGCCCGCGGUCGCCUUGCUGGCCUCCGUCGACGAUCGCCGGGCCGCGGCCGCUCGGCUCGGGGGCGACCUCGCCUCGCUCGAGCUGCACGUCGUCGACGCCUUCGCCGCGCACCGAGCUCGACACCUGGCGCCCCCGCGCCGCCUCGUCGAGGAGCUCGCCGAGAGACCCGCGCCGACGGCCCCGCGGCCUCCGCCCGCCGCCCUCCGCCUGCACUUGCGCCUCGUCCCGCGCGCCCCGCCCUCGCGGCUGUCCGCCGUCGCGCCGCAGCCUCCGCGACUCGUGUCCGCGGCUCCGCGCGCGUCCGAAGCUCCCGCGCCGGUCGUCCCUCAUCCGCGCGAAGGCGGCGCGAGCGGACGGCUAGAGGCGCAUCGGGCGAGCUGCAUGCGACGCGCGGCUCGCGUCAACGAGCGGAGGUGCUGGCGCCUGCCGCUGUUCGGCGCCGACCUGCGCGCCGCACUGAGCGUGCCGCCGCCGCCGCCGCCGUUCGCGCCCAAGACUGUCGACGACAUUCUUGCGGAAAUGCACGACGUCAUCGACCGGUUCGGCAUAUGCUGGGCGCCGUGCCGUGCCGAGCCGCCGUCGCUGGCCUGCGGGGGCGGCGAAGGCGCGAGGGCUUGGCGCCGCCGCGAAUCCGGGCUGCGGCGGGCGUUGGCUCCGCCGCUGCGGCUGGCUCUGGCCCAGGUGCACGCGCCCGCGCAGCGCCAAGCCGUGGCCUUCCCGCACCCUCGUCUGCUGCAGUACGACUGCGGCAAGCUGCAGACGCUCGACGGGCUGCUGCGGAGGCUCAGGGCGGGCGCGCAUCGCGUUCUCAUCUUCACGCAGAUGACUCGCGUGCUCGACGUGCUCGAGGCGUUCCUGUCGAUGCACGGGCACACGUACCUGCGCCUGGACGGCGCCACGCGCGUCGACCUGCGCCAGCCGCUCGUCGACCGCUUCAACACGGACCCGCGCAUCUUCGCCUUCAUCCUGUCCACUCGCAGCGGCGGCGUCGGCCUCAACCUCACCGGCGCCGACUCGGUCGUGUUCUACGACUCCGACUGGAACCCGACGAUGGACGCGCAGGCGCAGGACCGCUGCCACCGCAUCGGCCAGACGCGGGACGUGCACGUGUUCCGGCUCGUCACCGCCGCCACCGUCGAGGAGAACAUCCUGCGCAAGGCGGAGCAGAAGCGGGCGCUAGGCCACCUCGCCAUCGAGGACGGCCACUUCACGACGUCGUACCUGCGCGACACCAACGUCCGCGAGCUGUUCGGCGGCGAGAGCGGCGGCGCCGCGGCCGACGGCGGCGAUCUGGAGAGCGCGCUGGCCGCGUGCGAGGACGAGGCCGACGCGGCGGCGGCGGUGGCCGCGCGCGCCGAGGCCCAUCGCGACCUCGCCGAGUUCGACGAGAGCGUGCCCCUCGACGACGCGGCCGAGGCGCCCGUCGACGCGCCCGACGAGUGCGUGGCGCUCGUCAAGCAGCUGAGCCCCGUGGAGAGAUACGCCAUGCGCGUGGUGGAAAGCGGCGAGGCGGCCACGGAGGCCGAGCGCGCCGCCCUCGAGGACAUGCGGCGCCAGCUGCGCGAGUGGGAGAAGGCGCGUGCCGCCCUGCGCGACCGCCCCGACGCGCCCGACCAGCCCGACCGGCCCGCCGAGCCGCGCCUCGACGACGACGAGGAGCCGCUCACCUACGGCGGCGAGGAUGCGCGCACCAAGGUGCGUGGGCGCCGGAGAGUCAAGCGCGGCGCGCCGCAGUCGGCGCCGCCGCCGCCGCCCUCGCCGCCGCCGUCUCCGCCCGGCGGCGCGCCGCGAACUCGCUCCAGAGGCACGGUGCACAUCAACCUGUGGACGCUGGACGAGCGCGAGGGCGCGGCCCGGCGCCGCAACGGCACGCUCGACUCCUGGCUGGCCGAGGGGGCGGAGGCCGACGACCGCGACGUCGAUAAUAAAUGA